AUUGGGGGGACACUGGGAAUAGGGAGGGGACUCUGGGGACAUCGAGGGGACAUUCUGGGCACACUGGGGACAGGGGGACAUUGGGAACAAAGGGCAGGAUGGGGACAUCGGGGAUGAGGGGGACAUUUGAGGGGACAGGAGAACAUUUGGGGACACUGGGGAUGGCAGGAGAACAUUUGGGGGGACAUCGGGUGGGACAGGGGGACAUUGGAAACGCUUGGGGACAUUUGGGGACACAAACACAGCGGGUGCCAGGCACAGAAGGAGUCACCAGAGGGGGACACAAAGGGAUUUGGGGACCUUUUUGGGGACAUUUGGGGACAUCCCCAGAGUGGCAGAAGCCGCCGGCGCAGCGCGAGCGCGAGCAGCUCUUACUGGAGGAACUGGUGGCACUGGUGAACCGGCGGGACCGGCUGGUGCGGGACCGGCACCGCCGCGAGAGCAGGGCGCUGGAGGAGGAUGAGGAGCUGCGGAGGAGCCUCGAGCCCCGGCGGCGCCGCUUCGGCCGCAGGGAAACGUGCGGGAUCUGCUGAGGGACCCCCAAAAUCCUCCGGGACCCCCAAAAUCCUCCAGGACACCCCCCCGGGAACCCCCAGAUCCCGGUGGAUGCGGCAAUAAAAGAGAAUUUCUGUGUGAAAUCCGA